AUGAUGAAAAAUACCGUGCGGCAGUUCGUGAAGGAGAUUACCUACUUGGAGGUGUGGGAACAUUUCAGACGGUUUGGUGAUGCAGCAGGGCCAGACAGUGUGAAAUGCCGCCUUUUAUGUUCAGACGCUGUCGCUACCCAACUAAACGAACGGAUUCGGAUGCGGUACCUGUUAGAACAAUUUCUCGCGCAGAGCAGCACUACAACUUCUACUGGUGUCGCUGGCGAGCCGCGGCGAUGGUGGGAAGGGGAUCUGACACGGUGCGUCGACAGCGACCGGCGGGUGCUGGCGGAGACGCUGCUAGAGGAUGGCUGGAUGUUGAUGCAAUUAAACAACUGCGUUUCAGAUCGGGAGUGGCUUAUAACUACGAUGACUUUUCAAAGGGAAAAAAGCACCACGUAA